AUGGGGGCUGGCUAUGACAACAAUGACGACGCCGCGGCCUUCACGCCAUCCGGGAACGGCAAUGCUUCGAAGGCUGUUCUUACAGGGUCCAUCGACGACGAGCUGCUUUCGAAAGUCUUGCCCCGCGUAGACACGAAUGCCAUUGAAGAGGCGCGUAUCACCAUUGGCCAGGAAUUUGAUGACAGCGAUCUUCAGCGUCCUCUUUCACAGUCCAGCGUACUGGCUAGAGGGGAGAGCUCCAACAGGGCCGCGUGA